GACUUCUCUCAAUGGGUGAGUGUGAGAAUGAGAUGGGAGAUGAUGGAUGCAACACUAAAUUAUAUUUAAACAUUAUCAAUUGUUCUUCUUUCAAUUAAUUGUUGAACUUAUUAUAUUUUUGGAUAUACACAUCUAUACUUUUAUCUAUUCAUCUUUUAAGUUGACCCUAUUCAUAACCUGAAUUUUGUCUUUACAUUUUCCAUUUAACUUUUCAACAAUUUAUAAUGGAUUCCAAAACUUCAUCAAUUCCUGUUCAAGGUAAACCAGCCGGUAGAACCAUUUUAGCUUCAACAAUCGCUAAACCAUUCAUCGAAGAAGUCACUUCAGGUUUGAAUAAGUUAACUUUCAAGCCUAAAUUGGUUGGGUUCUUGGCCAAUGAUGAUCCAGCUGCUGAAAUGUAUGCUAAUUGGACCGCUAAAACUUGUGAUUCAUUAGGUUUCACUUAUGAAUUAAUCAAGAUUAAUAAGAAUGAUUUGGAAUCAGUCCUUAUUAAAGCCAACAAUGAUGAUGAUGUCAAUGGUAUCAUGGUUUAUUUCCCUGUGUUUGGUGAUAAUCAAGAUCAAUAUUUACAACAAUUGAUUUCACCAGAAAAAGAUGUGGAAGGAUUAAAUUUCAUCUAUUAUCAAAACUUAUAUCAUAAUGUUAGAUUCUUAGAUGCUCCUACUAAUGAACAAAAGUCACUUAUACCAUGUACUCCUUUAGCAAUGGUUAAAAUCUUGGAAUACUUAGGUGUCUAUAAUAAGAUCUUACAUUAUGGGAAUAGAUUAUAUGGGAAGAAGAUCUUAGUGGUCAAUCGAUCUGAAAUAGUGGGAAGACCAUUAGCGGCUUUAUUAGCCAAUGAUGGAGCUACCGUUUACUCCUUAGAUAUAAAUAAUAUUCAACAAUUUACAAGAGGUGAUGAUUUAUCAGCCCAUAGACAUAAAGUGGUUGAUCUUAAUAAAGAAGAGUAUACUUUAGAGAAAGUCGCACCUUUAUGUGAUGUUAUAAUUACUGGAGUACCUAGUGAUAAUUAUAAAUUCCCAGUAGAAUAUAUAUCUAAUGGUACUGUGGUUAUCAAUUUUUCAAGUCAUAAGAAUUUCAAUGAAGAUGUUAAAUUAAAAGCUGGUUUAUACGUUCCAUCCAUUGGUAAAGUUACUAUUUCAAUGUUAUUAAGAAACUUAUUAAGAUUAAUUGAUAAUAAGAAUAUCAGAUUAGAAAAGGAAGUUAAUGAAGGUUAUGAUUAGAUAUUGUUGUUAUUGUUGUUGUUGUUGUUGUUGUUUUCAGAGCUUUGUAUGUGUGCCCUUAUGUACAGGUCUACCAAGGAGUCAAAAAAAUUUUCUCUCCAAAAAAGGAGUGAGAAGAGACAUGAUGAAAUGACUCUUACCAAAGAUAACUAAACAGUAUUUGAUAAUUAUAAUUACUAACUUACAAGUUGGUGAAUCAGCAAAUUAUUGUGUUUUUUGCAAUUCAAGUUCCAGGAU